AGUGACAGGCUGUCACUUGCUGCUACCAGCUGCUACUCUACUAAUUUACAAACAGAAGCUUUAACUUUGUGACAUACGCCGCUAACUUUAAUAAUCUGAAUGAAAGAUUUUAUUAGAGAGAGAGACGUACACAAAAAAACACUUUUGCCAACGUUAUCGCGAGACGAAUUAAGAUGAUUUGUUUAGACUGUUGACUGUUCCACGUUUAGGUUAUAUUGUUUAGAACUGAACGCUGCAAUGUGACUUGGUCAAAGAUACUUGCAAUCCUUUUUUUUCUCAUUUUAUUGUUAAGCAACAGUUUUCAUCUUUGCUUACAAUGACACGUGUAUGCAUCUGCUGCAAAUAUUGUAGUGAGCCGUUGUCAGACAUAUCAUUUUUUGGGUUCCCAAAGUCGAAUGAAUUACUAAAAAAAUGGUUGCACGCGAUCGGCGUGGAGAAAAAAAUUACUGCAUCAUCGCGAAUAUGUUCACGUCACUUUAAGGAAGAUGAUUUCAGAUAUAGUUUAGUUGGAGGCAAACGUUUUUUAAAGCACGAAGCAAUACCAUCCCUUUACUUGAACGAGGAGUGGGAGGAUGAGCAAGGAAACGCAGUCGCGGACAAUCAAAAUACAAUCGUUCAGGAAAACCAGCCAACAAACACUGUGAUCUCAUAUAAUAUAAUAGGUUCUGAAAACGAAACUUUAGAUAUUGUAGAAUCACACAUAGAAACUAAAAGAGACGACGAACUGUCCGAAAGAUUAUCACCUGCUCCAACUGACUCGAGUGAACCAGAGAUCAAGCGCAAGAAGCAUCUGUAUGAUGUCAGAUGGGAGGAAAUCUCUACGUCGUCGGUACAAGCUAAGAUUUACUGGGAAGUGGCAAUCAAAAAAAUUACGCGGCAGAAGCUAAUUAUGAAAACUUUGCGACAGAAAGUUAGAAGAUUAGAAAAGCAAAUAUUAGACUUGCAAACUUUAGUAAAAAAUGAAGCGAUUACCGAUACUUGAUAAAUAUUACACACGUCUGUAAAUAAUUGUACUAGUUUUUUAAUUAUAUAUUGACAAUGUGACCACGUGUAAUGAAAUAUAUAAUUAAAUAUUGAUUGAAGUAUAUUCGAUCGAGUAAACCGGGUACUAUUACAUUUGUUGUACGAUAAAUUUUUUAGGUGUAUCGAUUAACUGUAGGAUAGAAAAUUUCUAAAAAAAAAAAACUCAAAAACUUUUUCAUUCUGCAAUCAAUCAACACACUUAAAAACUUUGUCGUGUGAUAAAUGUAAUACCAGUUUUAUCACUAGUACAUUCCUUGUGUGUGUGUGUGUGUGUGUGUGUGUGUGUGAGAGAGAGAGAGAGAGAUUCAUCGAAGAAAGAGUAUCUCACUGUAUCUAUGUUACCAAACGUAAAGUUCUAAAAUCACUAAAUUCCUAGAAAGACAAACAAGCAUUUUUACGUUCGAUAUGUUUGUAAAAAGUAAUCAGCACAUAAUUAUAUCUAAUUAAUAUCAAAUUAAGGUGGCAAAAAUAGGAUCGGAAUUACGUCCCCAUGAUAAACAUGGUUACAAUCAUCAUUAAUCUUGACAUAUAAUUAUCGUCAUCUCCUAUUAGAUGGACUACUAGUUAUUUUACCGUUUCCUUAUAUACUAACAUAUGAAUCAAGAAGCACUUGCGAGAAAGUAUUUUAUUUUAUAAAUGUACAAUGCUAAAAAAUAAAUAUAUUUAAAACAA